CCUGCUCUCUAGGCCACGUGCUGAGGACACUAGUUCCUCCAGGGCUCCCGAGCCCGCCUAGGGGAAAGUCCCCGGACCCCGGGCAGAGAGUGCCGCGCGCCUCGCAGCGCGCAGUGACCCGCCUCGCAGGCUCACGUUCUCCCGCCGAGAAGCCCCCUGGGCUGAGCGGGUGGGCGCGGGAUGGGCUGCCCGUCACUCCCACAGGAACGCAGGUAGUGCGCAGGCGCGGUUCCCUCCGGGGGCUCCCGCUGCCGCACCAACAGAACGGGGCUCAUUCUCAGAACGCCUGGCCUUUUGCCAGAUCUAAUGCAGCGACAAUCGUAGGGGCCUGCACGAAUUCUUGAGGCAUUGCAGGGCACCCCAUGGAAAUGGGAACAUAGGAACGUAAGGAAUAAAAGACUGAAUUGACUGAAGACCUAUGCUAACAUUAGGAAAAUGAAGAGUAUAUUCUGAGUGAUCUAGGAUUAUGAAUAACGUACUGCUUGCACAUGACUAAUCAGACACACUCGAUUCUACCUGCAUUUAAGAUACCUCCAUGUUUGAAAAUAACUGCUACCUGGGAUGAGUCAUCUCUGGAAGGGAUGGUUCAGCAUUUUCCAGAAGGACAAUGAAUUCCUGAAAGAAGCAUUAAAAGAAAUCGAUGAUGUCUAUGAGAAAUAUAAGACAGAAAGUGAUCCCAUUCAGAAGAAACGGUUGCAACAGCAUCUUCAGCGAGCACUAAUCAACAGCCAAGAACUGGGAGAUGAGAAAAUUCAAAUAGUUACUCAGAUGCUUGAACUGGUAGAGAAUAGGGCCCGGCAAAUGGAGACCCACUCUUGGUGUUUCCAAGAGUCAGAUAAUGAAAAGCCUCUGGAAAAAGCAAAAGUAGAAUCUUGCCAACCAGAAAGAUCUUCUCGUAGACCCCGUCGCCAGCGGACCAGCGAAAGUCGUGAUCUGUGCCAUAUCACAAAUGGGAUUGAAGACUGCGAUGACCAGCCACCUAAAGAAAAGAGAUCCAAAUCGGCCAAGAAAAAGAAACGCUCCAAGGCCAAACAAGAAAGAGAAGUUUCACCUGUUGAAUUUGCAAUAGAUCCCAAUGAACCAACUUACUGCUUAUGUAACCAAGUGUCCUAUGGAGAAAUGAUAGGAUGUGACAAUGAACAGUGUCCCAUUGAGUGGUUUCAUUUUUCAUGUGUUGGACUCACCUAUAAACCAAAGGGGAAAUGGUAUUGUCCCAAGUGCAGAGGAGAUAAUGAGAAAACUAUGGACAAAUGUACUGACAAAUCAAAAAAGGAUAGAAGAUCGAGGUAGUGAAUGCUAUAAAUGUUUUUAAAGGGUUGUGUGUCUUUUAUAUAAAAAUUGUUUAAUUUACAGAGAACAAUGUUUUAGGAAAAAUGCAUAAGACUAUGCAAUAUUUUUUAAUCUAUAGUAUUAAUGGAGUAUUAAAAUCUGUUAUACUUUCUGUGAUCUUUAACUUUCUGCACUGAAUAACCAAAUAAUUGAAACAGGGUGGCCUCAGAACUGCACAGAUGGAAUUACAAGUAGUGUUGUGGUUUUUUGGGGGGUUUUGUUUCAUUUAAACUCCCUGUUGUGUUAGCAUUUAAAAAAAAUCCUGAAAUUAAUGGUGGUGGGGAAGCACUGAAAGACUGGUUGUAUUACAAGAGUAUUAGUAAUGGUAUUUAACUUCUCUAGCACGGUUUCACAACCUCAGACAGUUGUUAGAAUCUCCAUUUAUUGUGAACUGAAUCUGUUCUACAUCCCAUGCCUCUAGUUUUCAGAUUCUGUGUUAACGUCACAUAAUAUCUGGAAUGGGGGUUCAAGAAUUCAACUGUUAAUUGUAAAAUAGUCUUCCAAGCUAGAAAGCAACCUGUUUCUUCAGUGGCUUUCAUAUGAUGAAUGUAUUAUUUCCAGGAAGAAAAUGCCACUAAUUUAUGCUUUUUAUGUCAAUAUUAAACUGUUCCCUUGGUGACUUUA